AAAUUUUGCAAGCUUCGCCUUCUCUGCUCUCCCUCUCUCUCUCUCUCCUGAUUUCUGAUGAGAGAUAGGAAGAUAUGGGGGUCAAGAAUCUGUGGGAUAUCAUAGAGUCUUGCAAGAAAACUCACCCACUUCACCAUCUCCAGAACAAGAGGGUGUGCGUAGAUCUCUCAUGUUGGAUGAUUCAACUUCAAAAUGCCGGCAAAUCGCAUUCCUCCAUUAAGGACAAGGUGUAUCUUAAGAAUCUGUUCCACCGUCUUAGAGCUCUCAUUGCCUUGAAUUGUAGCCUUAUAUUUGUUACAGAUGGGUCCAUUCCUGCAGUCAAAGUAUCUACUUACAGACGGCGCUUAAAUUCAGGAUUUGAGGUUAGUCGAGAUGAAAUGAUUUCAAACAAGGUAUCCUCUCUCAGAAGGAACACAGGAUCUGAAUUCUCAUGUAUGAUAAAGGAGGCAAAAGCCCUUGGCGAGACCCUUGGGAUCCCUUGCUUAGACGGGAUUGAGGAAGCUGAAGCACAGUGUGCACUGUUAGACUCAGAAGGAUUAUGUGAUGGAUGUUUCUCUUCAGAUUCGGAUGUCUUCCUUUUCGGUGCAAGGACAGUAUAUAGAGAUAUCUGCCUCGGGGAAGGCGGUUAUGUUACUUGUUAUGAAAUGGCAGAUAUAGAGAAAAAACUUGGGUUUGGGAAGAAUUCACUGAUUGCCCUGGCCCUUCUGCUUGGUAGUGAUUACUCUCGUGGAGUUCAUGGAGUUGGGCGGGAGUCAGCAUGCCAAAUUGUGAAAUCAAUUGGUGAUGAAUUUGUUCUUCAACAAAUUGUAUCAGAGGGAUUAUCAUUUUCAAAGAAAUCAAAAGGUUCAGGUAAAGGGGGGCAAGUUUUCAACUGCAAUUAUGAAGAGAAUUGUUCAGACCAUGAAAUGAAUAUAAAUGGAAGUGAACAUAAUUUAAAAAGGGGUGAUCGGUUGUUGGAAGUGAUCAAUGCAUAUUUGAAGCCAAUAUGCCAUUCAGCGGACUCUUCUGCUGUGCAUAGGGUCCUUGCCCUACGCCCAUUUCAACGCACCAAACUUCAGGAGAUAUGUGCUCGGUCCUUUGGGUGGACACCCGAUAUCACAGAUGAGUACAUCCUUCCUAAGAUUGCUGAAAGACACUUGCGGCGAUUUGCAAAUUUGUGUUCAACUUCUUCGGAACUACACAAGAAAGCGGUUCAAUGUCCUGUAGCUAGAAUUAUCAAGAAGAGAACAGUUCGAGGAACAGAUUGCUUUGAGGUUUCCUGGGAAGAUUUGGCUGGGUUUAAGUCCUCCAUAGUGCCAGCAGAUCUCAUAGCAAGUGCUUGUCCUGAGAAGAUAGCAGAGUAUAAUGAGAGCAGGACUAAGGAGAAGAAACGGAAUCCUUGUAAACCAAGAUUAAAUCAAUCAGAGAAUCAAGCUUCCCUAGCUGAAAUCAACCUAAAACUCCAAGGUCUGUUGCUCAAUAUUGACUCUGGAAGUGGUUCCUCUUCCUUCUGCAAUACCUUUGCUAUGAGAGCAUCAAUAUCAGACAAUAGUAGUGCUAUAUCGAGGGUUGAUCUAGCAAACAAAGAGCGGCUGCCUGUUAUGGACUCAGAAAACUACAUCGAUUACAGUGAAAAGAAUCACUGCUUUAACACUUCGAGUGUUGCUGAAAAGGUGGUCAUUGAUCUCUUGAGUCCUCCAGCAGUACACACCGGCAAUGUUUCCAAAUGUCAACAGCCUAAUCUUCAGCCAAUUGAUGUAAUUGAUUUGAGUGACUCAGAAACUGAAGCGUCGCCUGAACAUCAAAAGAAGGCAAGAGAGCUGAGGUUGUUCAUAGCCAGCAUAAGAGAUGGCAUCCAUUGAAUGAUCCAUUCGGGAAAGAAAAAUGGGAAUAAAGAUUACGUAUGCAUUUGCCUAUGCCUUCAAACGGGGGAAGAGACAGAAGUAUGCAGGUAUCUGUCAUGUAUUAUUUGCAGUCCAUUUGGUUCUUUCCCUUCUUUGCAGCCUAGCUUGUAAUCCUAAGGUGGAUAUAAGAUGUUAUGCUCAAUUAUCUGUAUUGUGGGAUUGCUAGUAAUGUGGUUAUAAGAUGUUAUGCUCAAUUAUCUGUAUUGUGGGAAUGCUAGUGAUGUGGAUAUAAGAUGUUAUGCUCAAUUAUCUGUA